UCGUAGUGCCGGCACUGAGCCCCAGCAAUAACCCUGGAGGCAAUAAAUAAAUAAAUAAAUAAAUAAAUAGCGGGGGGUAAAUAGCUAAUGGUUAUGCAAAGAGACUCCUCAUGCCUGUGGCUCUAAAGUCCCAGGUUCAAUCCCUUGUACCAUCAUAAGCCAGAGCUGAGCAUUGCUCUGGAAAAAAAAUAAAAAUAAAAAAUAAAGCCUCUGCCUUGCUCCGCCCGGUCCUGCGGGAAGCUGAGGUCCGCGACAGGGCGUGGCGCCAAGGGAGGGGGCCGGCGGGAGCAGUGACUGCACUGACCCGCCGGACUGUCCCACACCUGCCGCUGCACCGCGGGGCUGCCUUGUGUCCGCCACAAUGCUGCUGCCACUGCUGCUGCUUCUGCUGGGACCUGGACCUGCUCCCGGAGCCGUCUCCAGGAGGUCACAUGUGCACCGGCGUGGGCUCAUAGAACUGGUCGAAACCAUGGGUUGUGUUGGCAUCCGCACCCCCUUGGCCUACGUGAACUAUGGCUGCUAUUGUGGCCUGGGUGGCCAAGGCCAGCCCCAGGACGCUGCUGACUGGUGCUGUCAUCACCAUGACUGCUGCUACUCGCAAGCUGAGGAGGCUGGUUGCAGUCCCAAGCUGAAUCGCUACUCUUGGAAGUGCAUUGAUCAGAAAAUUCAGUGUGGACCAGCGGAGAACAAAUGCCAAGAACUCUUGUGCAAGUGUGACCAGGACUUUGCUUACUGCUUAGCCGAAACCGAGUACAACUUAAAGUAUCUCUUCUAUCCCCAAUCCCUAUGUGGGGCAAAUUCAUCAAAGUGUGCUUCACUAGCUUGACUUGAAAUAUUGUUUUGCACAAGGGAAUUAAAUUCCUUUUUGUUAACUGACA